AUGUGUGUAAAGGGAUGCAAGCUAUGGAAGAAAGCGUUGACAUCAACCUGCAGAGAGACAUGUAACGCCACAACCGAACGACCGAAUCCAAAAGAGCUCUACUGUGUGAUAGGCUGCAACGAUGCCGUAACUAAGUACUUUUCGAAUUUACGUAAACUCCUAGGCACUCCCCCCGCUCCUGCUCUGCUAGCGGAUUCCUUAAAAUCUGACUCCUUAAAAUUAGAAUGGAACUAUCCGGAUGCUAAGAAAACUGGUAUCAGUUGUUUGCUUCAGUGGCAGUAUGAAGAAUUUUCUACCUCGAAAUCUUCUUGGCAGUACUGCAGAAACACCACUUGGGACCCGGAUAAUAAUAUAUUUUAUGUACAAGAUUUGCAGCCUUACACCAAAUAUCGAGUAAGUAUUUAA